GCCAACAUGCUCCUCCUGCGCUGCCGCCGUGUCCUCGGCGCUGCCACCCUCGCACGCACCCCGCAGGCCGUGCGACGCCGCUGGUCGUCGCCGCGUGCUGGCAGCAGCAGUGUCAGCGACGACGAGCUGCAGCGCGCGCGGGCCUGGCUGGCAGCGCUGCAUGCAGACGUGAUCCCACUCAAGACCAUUGGCGAGUUGAGUUUCAGCAGGUCUUCCGGCCCGGGCGGGCAGAAUGUGAACAAAGUCAAUUCUAAAGCUACUUUGAGAGUACCCCUCGCCGCCCUCCUGAGCCAUGUCCCCACAGCUCUCCAUGCUGCCCUGCGCGGCUCGCGCUACGUGACCCCCAAGACCCUCGAUAUGGUCGUGCAGGCCGAUGACAGUCGCAAGCAGAGCGACAACGCGCAGGCCUGCUACAAGCGCCUGUACGCCGCAAUUGUCGACGCUGGCCGCGAUGCUGUGCCAAACGAGGCCUCCGCGGACCAAAUGCGCCAUGUCAAGAAUCUGCAAAAGGCCGACAACGAGCGCCGACUGAAAAGUAAGAAGCAGCAAAGCGCCAAAAAGAGUUCGAGAAGAGGCCGUGGAGACGACUGAAGCGGCCAAGCAUGAAUUGGCCACAACGAGGUCGUGUCCGCUCGGCUAGCCGCUCGCACGUCUGCGAAGAUCCUGCGUACAGCUGACGUGGUAAAAAUUCAGUGCAAGUGCAGCCGGG